UAGAUGGCCCCAGCGUCGCGGUAACUUUGACAGAACUUAUAAUUUUAAUAAAUCUUUCGUCUCAUUUGCUCGUGAAAGAAAUCAUUCGUCGAUCGAGUAAUUUGUUCAGCAUACAGUUUUCGUAACGUUUAUUUACUUGCAUUGCUGUGUUUUGUGAACAAAACUACAAAUUUCAGAUCGUACCGUGUUUAGUGAUGACGUGAGUAAAAGUGAAUCGUGCGAACGCGAUACAAUGGAUCGGUGUACAAUAUUCAAUGCUGGUAAUGGGCGAUGUUCUCGUUAAGACAAAAGGCUCGUCCUUCACACAUUAGUAGAGCAUCAUUGUGCAAACAAGCUGUUAUCUACACGUAAUGUUAGAGGUGAUUAUUGUAAUGCUAAUAGCGUUACACUGCAUGUAAGUACGGCGAGCUCCCGCUCGAACAUACUCUCACUGCGUCCAGCAGACGUUUACUAACUCUUGAUGGUGGUGGGUUCUAUCGCUUGCUGUAACCAGUAAUACAGCUUACUAAUCGACAAACAACCAUGGCUAAUGUAAAGAGUAGAUUAAAAGCACCCAAAAGUGCAUCUACAAAGAAGAAGACGGGACUAAGUAAAGUAAAAAAAUCCUCAGGUCCCAAAGAGUUGUUGAAGAAUGAUAAUGUGGUGAUGAGGAGGCCGUGCAACCGUAAGGUCUUGACCGCUGAUGAAAAGGUUAAAUUCUUGUUGAAACAUGGACAUAUGCUGAAAGAGAAGUUUAUAGCUAAGCCACCGGUGAAUGUGAAGCCUCCCCCGCCUAUUAAAACACCAGGCGUUUCUAAGAAAAAGCAUAACAGCAAUCAUCCCAUGAUAGCAAAAAGCGGUCACCUUAAAAAGAAUGCCAAAUGCAAUAUGAAACUCGUUGGCAAUAUAUUGAAGAAUGAACUGAUGAUAAAUGACCGGACUGCUAAGAACGGUGCAAACGGUGCAGUGUUGCGUUCACCGUUGCCAGUGGGCGUGAACAAUAACAAUGACACAGCUAUAACAGACCAAAACAGUACAUUUCAUGAGUUCUCCGAUGAAGAGUGCAAACUCUCAGGGGAUGUGUCUGCUGCAUCCAAUGAGGUUUCUGAUGAUGAAGAAUGUUCAGACAAUUUGGAAGGAAAAGAUACAAAUAAAUCUAAAAAUGGCAAGAAGGCUAGUACAAAAAAGAAAACAAGUGAACAACAUAUCAAAUUAAAAAAUGGAGUGGUGUUGUCUUUAGCUAAUUUUGAAUGUGAUUAUUGUAAGAAGACGUUCAACAAGAAAGCUGCAUUACGCAGUCACAUGUACACACAUCUUGGUAUCAAGCAGUUUCGGUGUCCACAUUGCCCACGUUUGUUUAAGAGACGCACUAACUUACAUAAUCACAUAGACCGCACUCACAAAGCUCUUGCGGACGAUCCAGAAAUUUAUGUUUGUAAUUAUUGUGACAAACCGUUCCUUGAUAAAGACACUUUGAAGGAACAUCUUGCAUCUCACAGUCAAAGUGAAAAUCCUUUUAAAUGUAUUUACUGUAACAAAGUUUUUGCCUAUCACACUCUGUUGAUGCAGCAUGAGAGGAAACAUAUGGUGGGAGGGCGCCACGAGUGCACUCUGUGCAGCAUGUCGUACCGCUGUCGCAACCGCCUCUACAUGCAUGUCAAAAGCCAUUUAAAAAUCAAAGAUUUUGUAUGCCAGUAUUGUGGUAAAGACUUUCUCAGACAGAAUUCACUUACAAGACAUGUUGAGGUCAACCACGGUGGACAUAGGAUUGUGUGUCCGAUCUGUAAAAAGAACUUGAAGGGGCACUUAACUGAGCAUAUGCGGACUCAUGAGAAGAAGCGUCCGCAUGUGUGUCCAGAGUGUGGACAGCGGUUCACUCAGUCCACACAGAUGAACGUUCACCGGCGCUCACACACCGGCGCGAGGCCGUACCCUUGUCGCAUAUGCAAGCGCCUCUUCUCUCACUCUAACGCUCUAAUGCUGCAUAUUCGUCGUCACACAGGGGAGAAACCCUUCCCAUGUGCCAUGUGCCCCAUGUCCUUCUCUCAGCUGCCGCACAUGAAAACCCACAUGAGGAAAAUCCACGGCAAGGAGAACCCAUACAAGUGUGCUAAGUGUAACUCCUUUUACAAGCUCAAGGCACAGCUUGAUGUCCACGAGAAGACUUGCACAGCAGGAACAACCGCCAAACCUGAGCCCAAAGGUAAAAAGAAGAAGUCCAUCAAAGGUGAUGAUGAGAUAGAAGUGGAAGCGUCCAUGUCUCUCUCCCGCAUGAGGUUCCUGCUCGCACUCCUCCUCACGAUGAUCGCUACCAAAGAAAAACUCAAAUACUUAGGUUUCAACAAAAGGCUGGUGGAUGAAAUCCUUGUAGAGUCGUUGGAGGCUAUGAGUCAAACUCCUUGCAAGGAUGAGUCCCUCCCGCCUGUCAAGCGCCUUCGCAAGAACAUAGAAAUGCUUCUAAUAGGGACGGUACCUAAAGACCAGAUGGAAAACUUCAAGAAAGAGAACAAGUCUACGGAAGAUAUCCUGGAAUUAUUAACGAAUGAGAAAGAGAAAUGAAGUCAGAGUAAGUUUAUGAUGUAAGCGACAUAUGGGUUUUCUAUCCUACGUUUGAUAUGUCUUGUCCAGUCCGAAGUUAGCUGUUAGCUGCGCAGUGGACAAUUUUAUUCCCAAAAAAAUCUAUUGCGCAGCUAAACUGCUAACUUCAGAUGCCAAGAUGUUAUAUGACUAUUUAUAGUUGGGGUGGGUCACGAAAACUGCGGGCAAAAAAGUGUAAACGACAUAAAGAAUGCGAUAAAGGUUUUGAAACGUCGAGUAAAGAAAGUACCUUUAUACAUGACAUAGUAUCGCGUUUGAGUCCCGAUCUAUACUAAUAUUAUAAAGCUGAAGAGUUUGUUUGUUUGUUUGUUUGAACGCGCUAAUCUCAGGAACUACUGGUCCGAUUUGAAAAAUUCUUUCAGUGUUAGAUAGCCCAUUUAUCGAGGAAGGCUAUAGGCUACUUUUUAUCCGGGUUCGUGCAGAGGUUUCCGAAACCGUCAUUUAUAAAUAUAAUAGAAGCAGUCCUAUAUUCAUUUGUUUUGUAGGAUAGGCGCCAUAAAAAGUUGACCCUUUAUUCAUUUGUUAUUCUUAAACAAAGUUGCACGUGUUUAAAGUUUUAUUAUUCGUCAUCACGUGUUUAGCCCAUUUAGGAAUGCCUCGCCUUUAGUCUGACACAUCUGGCUAAAUAAGGCGCAUGCUUUGGUUCAAGAUACAUAAGUGCAUGUAAAUGAGUAAAAAACUAAGCCAAUAUUUUUUAAAGCUUUUAACGCAACUUUUUAAUACGUAGAUGCGGUUUAUAUAAAAGAAUAUCGUAUGUGCGUUUUCGUGUUUAAUUUUCCAAAGGAUACAUGCUUGUGUAUGUGUGAAAAUGUGCGUGCACUUUGUCUGUGUAUGGUUCGGCCACUACUGAGUGCUCCCGAGUUUACGCAUAUAAAGACACAUUGUGACAUUGUGAAGUUAUUUACACACACAAGUAUGGCUAAACCGCUUUCGUAAAACUAAAAGAUCAAUGCCUAGAAAUACCACAGUUUUCCAAACAAUAUUUAAUGAUGAGAUAAUAACAUUUUACAUCACAACAGAGCGAUUAGUUAAUCUCGUUUUAAUCGCCACUUGAUCGCAUAGCUAUAUUUUUAUAAUCAUCAAUAGCUUGAAGUAGACUGCCUUUAUUUUUGUAAAUAAAUAAAUCAUUACGAAAUUGGUAUAGUACAAGUUAAAAUAAGACUUUUAGCUAUAAAUAGUAGAAGAGGUAGACUAUUUAUAAGUAAUAUUUAGCUCACGUACUAAUUUAUAUUAUGUGACCCGCCCGCUAAUUCUAUGGCCAUACCAUAACGUGUAUUUGCACAGUACCGGAGUCUCUUUAUAGAUACUGAACUGAAGUUCUCGUCAAAUAAUUAUGCCGCUCUGAAGUUAGCUAGUGACGUCACUAUAGUCAAAAUGUAGAUAAAGCACUGCGAUAUGCGCAUGCGUGAUUCGUCUAAUGACUAACUUCACAUAGGCAAAGGUAUUUGACGACAACGGUAUCGGGAUUAUUAGGUGCAUUUAGACUUGUAUGAUUACCCAGUAUUUAGCACCCAACGUAUGUUUCGAUCAUUUAUUCAUAAUUUUCACUAUUUAUGUAUCACCAUUUUUUAUUAUUUUUACGGUCCUCAUUUAUUUUGGUGCAGUUUAAUUUGUCUAUAGUGCAAUCAUGUUUUCAGACAAACUAUCGAUAUCGAUAUAGUUCCCAUAUGUCAUUUCCAUAUCAAUAGAAGUUUGACAGUUAAAAAUGUGCUUCACUUUACUAAGAACAUCGGCGCUGUAUUAUGUAUCUAUUCAUUUCGUCCUCGCUUUUCAAAUCAUUGUACAUAAUGUGCAUUCACGGUCACUGUCGGACUUGCAAUUGAUCUGUCGUAUAUAACAAUGUUAUAUAGCUCGUUCAACCGGUUACUGUUACAUGUUUUGUAUUAAUUGCACAUUUAAUUGUGACAAGUCUAGGUUUUUGCAUGAGUAAAUAAAGCCUUUAGGACGGAUAAAUUACCCUCAACUUGGUUACUGCAUAUGCGUCUAUCUGUCUGUUUGUUCACUUUAAACUCCAAGAACUACUAUACGAAUUUUUAUGUGGGUUUUCACCAAUACACAGUACUCGCAUCUCUACCCUCUUAUUAAUAAACACAGAUUAAUAAAUAAAUAUAAUAAUGAUAAAAUUACAUCAAGAAAUAAGUAUGGAGUAACCAUACAUUUUCAUCAAUUUAACCUUGGAUUGUGAUUGUUAUUUAUAAGGGGGUUAGUGUGUAUUAGCUCAAUAAUUUGAGCCAAUUUUAAGUGACAUAUUUAAUAUCAGGUUUUUAUAUAAAUAGUACAAUGAUUAGAAUCAGCCUUAACGUGUUAAAAUAUAAAAGUUAUAGAAAACAGUAGAAAAAGUAGAUGUAGAUGAGAACUGAAGUUUAGGUAUUUAUUUUAAAACUGCUAUAUUUUUUUACAUAUUGGGGUGCUGAAUUCAGCCGCUUAUUUUGCUGAUAUAGGUAUAAACCUGAAAGAUAGAGUAAAUAAGUAGAAUCUUUUUCUAGGUAUGAUACAAGUUGAUAUUGUCAGUCGACAUUAUUGUCAGUCGAUAUGUGACCCAAAUAAUAUAACAUCACUAUUCAAUAAAUAAUAAAAUUACAUUUAAGUAAUGAUGUAUCUAAACUUAGCUUUAAGAUAAAAUGUUUUGUCUUAGUAUUAAAAUUAAUUUAAUUUGAAGGAAUCUGCCAACUAAUUAUUAAAAAUAGUUCAGAAAAAUUAUUGGUAUCAAUAUGAGAGAAUAUCAAUUGAAUAAACUGAAUGUUUAAAUAUAACGUCCAUUCAUAAUAUUUUUAAUUAAAUUAUUUUUUAAUUAAGAAAAAUAUGUGAGUAUUAAUUUAAAAAGCUUUUUUAAUAAUCUUUUUUGAAGGCAGAUUCCCUUUGUCAUAUAAUCAACAUUUAAAAAAAUAAACAAUGUGACUUGCCAUUGAAUCAAAGUGAUUAUCCCAAAGAUAAUAAUCUUAUUGCAUUUUAAAACUUUAUUUAUGCUAGUUUUAAACUUUUUUAAUAUUUCGAGUGUAAAAAGAGGUUUAAUAUAACUGCUAUGUAUUAUUCUGUCAAUGUGAGUUUCUUUAAAUUGCCAUAUUCGAAUUCGUAUUUUUUUUAACUUAUAGAAAGAAAAGAAAAAAAGAGAGAAUAUUAAUUUUAAGGCUACUGACCUGUGUAUGUAAAUGGUCCGAGUUAAUUAAAAUAUGUAAUAAAAAUAUAUUUAUAGAACAGAAUAGGUAGCCAUCUUGGUUUUAUUAAAUGUCAUUUUAUACUCGAUAUAAAAUAAAUUGCGCAUUAGCAUUCCUUGAUAGAAUGAUCGUGCCAUUAAUAUCAUUUGUGUGAAUGGUUAUAAUUUCUAAUUAUAAUUAUUUAUAAUAUAAUAUUUCAUUUUUAAUUGGAUUGCGAAGUAUUGUUAUUGUUUUUUUUAAUCAGCUUUAUAUUGGUAAUACAUAAUCGGCUAUAUUUUUUUUGGUUAAGUCUUAAAAUUCGUUAUUUAUUUGUAUGCGUACACUGCCUUGUUUAAAAGCCAAUAUGCAUUUCUUUGUAAUGUUUUUUAUAGGUCGUGGAAGUAUAUUGAAUCUCAAUACCUAAUUUAUGAAUGAAUAUUCUAGAAAUGCCUACAAAGCUUGCAUAGUUAUCUGAAGAUGUUUAAGUAAUAGCAGUCCUAAAAUUUUACUUUGUAUACAGGUCAAACGCGUAAUUAUUUGUAAUUUUAAAAAUCGUUCAACAGUUACAUAAAGCAUGUAUUUUUAAACUAAUUACUUAAAGACAAUAGCAUUCAUUUAGCCGUAGUAUUCCAUUCGAUAAUUAUUCGUGUGCGAUCGAAGGUCUGCAUGUGAACAAAAGGAAAUUACUUCCCUCGCAUCAUUGCGUACGCGCGUAAAAUCUGUGACGCGUGUGACGUCACGGUUCGCGGCUCUUGCGCCGGCUGCCGGCCGAUUUCAUUGUUGGUAACAUGUAAGCUAUUCGUGCAUUCCAUAGAGGAAUUUGGACUUUAUUCUGUUAGGAAUAGGGACUGUUUUGAAUUGUCGGGGUUGAAUAUAAAACCUUAUCGUCUCAACGAUAUAAUUUAUGAAGGUUUUUUUUUAUGUUGAGAUGUUAAAGUUUCAAUUAGUACCUACCUAUUGCAAUAGUUUCCUAUUGGCAUAUUUGAGCUUGAAAAUCGAUAGAUUUCUGUUCAAUUUAAAUCAGAAAUCUUAUUCAAACAAGCAAACUGGGUUAAGUGCAAACGUAGACUAUUAAAUAAACAUUACAAAGAAAAGCAUUGUUUUUAUACCAAAUUGUUAUUAUAGGUAAUAUUUUAUAGAUUUGUGUCAGUGCCAUUUGUUGUUAUUCUUUUAUUAUGACUCGUAUAUUAUUUAUAAGCCUUUUUAGUGUGGGCAACACUUUUAUAAAAUAAAAUAAUUUAAUAAACUGCAAAAUAUUAAAGAAGUUUGACUCGGAUGUGUUAUAGCAAUAUUUUAAUUCAUUCAUUUGUGUUGUGGUUGGUUGUGUUUCUAAAACUUUCAAAACGCACUUAUUUCAUACUUGGGUCAAUCACGUAAUCACAAUUUUUUAUAUCGAUGUAAUGCUAGCUUAAUAAAUGUUAACUAAUGUAGUAUGCAGACAAUAAAAUAUUACACGGUGUUCAAUAGAAAGAAUCGUAACCAUAUCAUGCUUUAACUGCUUGUAUGUCGCUGAUUAUAAAACAAUAGAAAAUCAAUACAAACAUAAGACAUACAAAGGGUUAAUUUAAGUGCCUCCAAAAUGUGACAUCGGGCCUGACCCAAUUUUUUUAAACAUUAUUUAUAUUUUUGUUUUAUGAAUGUACUAGAAUGGUAAGUAAAUUGUAUUUUAAUAAGAAUUGUGGGUUUAGGGGUUAGCCAAAGACACGCCCACCUAGGUGUAAAGUCAAAUAUUGUACCUAUAUUAUAUUUAUGCGUGCAUGCAACUUAGGACAGUAUUCGAUUGUAAGUAAAAGUCGAUAUUUAGAAACAGCAUUCGAAUACUGGCCGAAAGUACCAAAGAAUACUGAUAGUGAAUUCACUAACAUUAAAAUGUAACUACUGAA